AUGGCUUACAAUGUUGCUGCAGAGUUGUUCGCAGAAUGGGCUAUAGGGUUGGUCAUUAUCGCAAUUCGCAUUUACGCGCGGUGGAAAGUUGGAAAGGGCAAGUUCUACUGGGAUGAUCUUUGUCUAGGAUUCGCUACGGUCGGUCUUCUUUGCCUCCGAACUAAGGAGACUGUGCUUAUUUUGAAAAGAUAUUUUGGACAAUGCACACCGUCUUCCUUUAUCUCUGUACAGGCAGAUGUAUAUGGAUCGAACAUUGGUCUCAACGAAAAAACGGCUAUGGAGGUACCCGACAGUCAAGUCGCAGCUCUACGAACCGGUUCCAUCGAUGCAUUUGUUGCCUGGAUCUCUUAUGUUUUCAUGGUGUGGUCAUUCAAAGGAGUCUUGAUGUUUCUCUAUCACAGAUUGACAAUGGGUUUGUGGCAACACCGUUUGACCUUGGUAGUUGGAGCCUUUUGUGUCUGCACGUUCAUCGCGUCGCUGUUCGUCCAUAUUUUCAUUUGCGAGCCAGUACACAAAAGCUGGCAAAUCAAACCAUAUGCUGGAGAUAAUUGUACUAUACGCCCGUUGAACUACAUCAUCAUCGAGGCCCUCAGCAUCAUAACGGACAUAGCUGUCUUAACCGUUCCCAUCCCCCUCGUCAUAGCAGCCCGCAUCCCAGUCUCCCAAAAGCUCCUCCUCUGCCUCCUCUUUUCAUCCGGAAUAUUUGUCAUGAUAGCCGCCUUCCUCCGCGCCUACUACUCCGUGCACGACAUCUCCGAACUAGCCACCGCCCUCGGCUGGGCCUCCCGAGAAGCCCUCGUCUCCGUGAUAACAGUCUGCGCCCCAGGAAUCAAGCCGCUGAUCAGCAGUUCGCGCUGGUUCUCGUAUAAGGGCAGCUCGAACGGUAUUAGCCAGACGCCAAAGCGGGGCAGUCUUUUUACGUCUUCGAGGAGUCAGGGUGGAGAUAUAUAUAACAGACAUCCGUAUGAGCUGUCAUCGUUGGGUUUGGGCAAGUCGCGGCGUGAUUCGACGGGUGAGAGCCAGCAGCAUAUUGUCGUUGAUACUACUGGUAGUGGAGAUCAUUCGUUAGAGAGUGGGAAGGAUGGCAUCGUGGUCACUAAGGAUGUCACGCUAUCUGAAGAGACGAGCUCUCGGAAUCGGGGCCAUUCUUGA